UAUCUUGUUCCUCCUCUACGUCUCUGUGCUCGAGGCUUGUGCCUUCCAUUUCUUAUGUCAAACCUCAGUUGAAACAUCAUCUUCUUCUCCUCCAGAAGAAAAAAAAGAAAAGAACCCUAAUUAGUUUACAGAGAAGAUGUGGGGAGUUGGAGGAAACUACUACUGGCGAAAGAGGAACAACAACAACAACGGAGAAGGAGGAGAAAGCGAAGCGAUCGUUGUGGUAUUCGCUUGGAUGUCUAGUGAAGAACGCAAUCUCAAGAACCAUGUCGAUCUCUACUCUUCUCUUCUUUGCGAUUCUCUCGUUUGCCAUUCUCAAUUUCUCAACAUGUUUCUUCCAGAAAAAGCUGCGGAUUUAGCUUCUAAUGUUGUGUCUGAGGUUGUGAAGGAGCUCAAAGCAAAGCCAGUUCCUUUAGUUUUUGCUUCUUUCUCAGGUGGUCCUAAUGCUUGUAUGUAUAAAGUUCUUCAAAUACUUGAAGGAAUAUGUGAAACUGGACUAAAUCAGGAUGAUUGUAGAUUGGUUAGAAACUGCAUCUCAGGGUUUAUCUAUGACUCAUGUCCUGUGGAUUUCACUAGCGACUUGGGAGCUCGAUUAGCGGUUCAUCCAUCUACCCUCAAAAUGUCUAAUCCACCUAAACCGUUUGUAUGGGCAGCGAAUGGUCUUGCUUCGAGUCUCGAUUAUGUUUUCCUCAGCAGGUUUGAAUCACAGCGAGCCGAGUACUGGCAGACUCUUUACUCUACUAUAAAUAUGAAAGUACCUUAUCUCAUUCUAUGCUCUGAAAACGAUGAUCUCGCUCCUUAUCAAACUAUACACAAUUUCGCUACACGUCUCCAAGAACUAGGAGGCAAGAAGACUUGACAGAGAAGAAGCUAUGAAAGAAACUAAAUGUGAUGAUGAGAUAACAGAGCCAAUUCAAAGCUUGGGGCAAUCAACCUCUGGUCUUAACCGAAGCUUCAACGGAACUCCACUUGUCACAACCGAUCAUUUCUUCGUGCCUAGCACUGUAGGUUACUACGUGGGCAACGGAGGGUCUGUGCAAGAUGUACACAAACAAGAUAUGAUUUGUUUGUCCAGUACUCAAACUGAUGAUGACACAGUUAAACCCAAUGGUGUUCUUGGCCAAAUCUUAUUUGAUGUUUACAUUCCGAAGAAUGUCGAGGAUUGGGAUGUAAAGUUGUUGGAAACCAGGCGGUCUAGGCGGAAACCGGGGACGAGGUUUAUACGUAGAUCGAGAUUGUAAUACUUGAGUUUAUUAUACAUAUAUAUAAUAAGUAUUCAUUUGUUCUCUUCAGAAACUAUGGCAGAGGAAUCCCAUUUGGUUUUCCCUCGCAUAAUUCUAAUAAAUCAAUAAAGUAAGA